ACGAGAGCAAAGGCUCCCGCUUUUCGUCCGUUAUCACAGUUACGUCGUGCUCUCUCUCCAUCUGAAAAGGGUGACCGGGGGCUACCGGAGAUCGGAGACUCGCCGGAGAAUCGGGUAAGAUGAACAAAGAAGAAGAAGGUUUUUGUCAAGACUUUGAAGGGCACUAACUUGGAGAAAGAAGUGAAACCCGAAGAGACGGUACAAAACAUACAUAUACACAUCCGUGAGUUUUUCUUGAUCAUCAGAGGUUCAAAAUUGAAUUAUUUUAAAGCUGAUUUGGUAAUGAAUCGCUUCAAUUUUGAGUAAUUAGGGUUUUUGUGAGAUUGAAUGCGAAUUAGGGCUUUUUCUUGGUUUGGGUAAUCGUAGUAUUAUGUAAGUGUUUGAGAAUUUAUGAUGCAUUAUACGCUGAGCAACAAAAUGAAGGAAGAAGAAGUGAAUCGAUGCCAGAUACAGGAAUGGUAUCCUAAAUUCAAAUCUUUGUCCAUCAAAACUCGGAUUCAUGAACUUCCAGAAUCCUUUGUCCAAUACCUGCUAGAUGAUUCGGGGCCCUUCGUCCUCCCUGUUUCAAUCUCAAAUGAAGAUGCUUUUCCCAAUAGAAUUCAUAAUCCCGAGGAGGCAGAUGACUAUCAAGUAUCAGAAGGGUCUGAUGAUGACGAGUCAGAGCAGCCUCCAUUGCCACCUUCUUUCCCUGAGCUUGAGUUGCAGGUCAAGGAAUCAAUUGAAUCACUUGGAGGUUCUGUGUUCCCUAAGCUCAACUGGAGUGCACCAAAAGACUCUGCUUGGAUCAGCACAACUGGGACACUCAAAUGCUCUUCGUUCAGUGAGAUUGCCCUCUUGCUACGCUCAUCUGAUUCAUUGAUCCAUGACUUGUGUCAUGCCUAUGAUUCGUGCUGUGACAAAACCUCAUCGAGACCUAAGAGUUUCUUCCUUGCACUUCGUAAAUGGUACCAGUCCCUUAAGCCAGAGAUGGAGUUGCGUUGCUUCAUACGAAAUCAGAAUUUGGUUGGAAUUUCCCAACGUGAGGUCACUACUUUUUACCCUGCUCUGCUUGAAAAGAAAGACAGUCUUCCUGUGUUGAUCGAAGAUUUUUUCAUGGAAAAUUUGAUGUCGAGAUUUGAAUUGGAAAACUACACCUUUGAUGUCUAUGUGACAGAGGAUAAUCGGGUUAAGGUUUUGGAUUUUAACCCGUGGGGUGCAUUUACCCUGCCUCUCAUGUUUUCAUGGGAGGAAUUGGAUCAGAAUUGCAGUGAACUAGGAGAUAAUGGUGUGGACUUAAGAAUUGUGGAGGGUCAGUGUGCUGUUAGGCCAGGUCUGAAGACUGCAGUGCCAUAUGAUUAUUUGGACACUAGCCCCGGGAGCGGCUGGGACCAGUUUAUGAGAAAUGCCGAUGAAGAGCUACAGCAUCAAACUAGAAAUGCUCAAGCAGGUGCUUAAGGUCAUCAUUGUUUCAAAAAUUUUGAGGUGAAAUUUGAAAGUAACUGUUUCACCUAUCACUUGUACUUGUUAGGUUGAAAUGGAGCAUGGAUAUUCCAUCUUUGGCCAUGUCUAGGAAGAAACAAAGUUUUGCAUUUCAAUAUCUGAUUAUGAUUUGUUAAAAAGAAAAGCCGACAGCUAGAAUUGAAUUUCA